AUGGAACAAGGCAACGGAGUUGGUGAUUUUCACCCGCCACUGCUGUCGGUUAGGAGGUUGAGGAUGAUGGAGUACCCUGCCUCUCAUCCUCCACCGAGACAAUGUCCUCGUUGUCAUUCUAAUGACACCAAAUUUUGCUAUUUUAACAACUACAACAUGAAUCAACCAAGAUAUUGCUGUCGGGCAUGCAAGCGCCACUGGACUCAUGGUGGCAUUCAACGUGACAUCCCCAUUGGCGGCAAGUCCAACAAGGGAAGGAAAUCCACCAACAGGUACAAGAAUAAGAGGGUCCAACCAUCGCUACCUCAACUCCAACCACCUUGUCCACAAGCAAAUGUGGAUCCUCUAGCUUUCGGUCCUUUGGCGCUUCCUCCGAUUGUGACACCUUAUCGCGUUGAAAAUGGGUAUCUCAAUAUGGUAAACCCACUGAGAACUAUUGAGCCACCAUAUAACUCAAGCCAAAACGCUUUCCAGCCUACUUUGCAUUAUGAUUCAAGGUCACAUAAUUUAUUUUUGAACAAUAAUGAUGGAGCUAGUUCAUCUAACCUCAUUCCAUUGAAUGCCUCCGUAAACAGCAGCACCACUAGUGGAUACACAAAUAUUGGUUGGGGUUCAUUGAUAGCGAACCCAAAUGAUUGGUUGGACUUCCCCCGUAGCUUUGACCCAUCAACAUGA